UUGACCUGCGUCAGCUUCGGUAUAAACCACCCUGCCUGUGCUACCAUCGGGCAGUGCCUACACAUCCUGCACGCUCCUCCGGAGGUAGCACCAUUGGACAGGUUCCUGCGCCGCCGAUGGACGAGAUUCACCCGUCCGUUUGGCCGCAACAGGCUCUGGCAUCCCGGGGACUGGCGCUGGAACGAGCGAGUUCUGGUAGCCGGAGAGGGGAUCGCGUUCAUUUCUGCAACGUUGGCGCUGGCCGCAGAAUUGCUUCACUGGCAUGGGCAAGGCACUAACUGGUUCCUGCUCGCUACCCCCAUCGUGGGUUCUGGGUCGCUCCUGUGGUACGCCUGGGACACCGUUACCGUUGGCGACCGCCCGUUGACGACUACCAGCAUCCAGAACAUACGUCAGGUGGUGCAGGGGAUGAUGCUGGAAGAUGCCGGCGCCAUCGUCGACUGGCAGCACCCCGACGACCAGGGCUCGAUCCCGCUGCGCAUCGAGUAG